AUGGUCUUCGUCUCGUCUAAAACUCUUAUCCAGGUGCAUGGCAUCCUCCUGGUCGUGGUUGCCGGCUACCUGGUCAAAAGCCCAGGGCUGAUCACCGACUCCGACUUUGUUUUUAUGAUGGGAGAAGCCUUGAAAAUUGACUUCCCAUCUCUGUCAAGCCCGCAACAAUCCCCCUUCACCUUCUGCGCCGUGCUCCUCUUCGUCGAAGCCCUCAUCGACCUCGUCCUCUUGUCCAACCUUCCCUUCCAUGAAGCGCUCGACGAAGCCCUGCCAUAUAUCCGUCCCCUGCGCAAUGGCAACCUCCCGGCUGAGGACCUGCAGGUCCUUCAGAACCUGCCCGAGUAUAUCACCAAAUCCUUGACUGUCUACUGGAGUGUCUGGAUCGGUGUUGCUGCGUGCCGGUUCUUCGUGUACGCGGGUCUCGCGCUAUUCAUUUAUACCGGUCGAAGUGAAUUACUGGCAUCUUCCUAUACCUCCGCUGCGGCUAUGGCUGGCCUGGACUGUCUGAAGAACCGUGUGGUUUUCACCUUUGCGUUUGUGGAGAUGAUGUUCUGGUUCUGGAUAUUUACUACUCUCCGCGAGGAGCGCCAGGAACGUUUGACCAAGCUGUUGGAGGACACUCGCGACCUCUGA